AUGAAGGUGAGGAGUGAUGAAGGCGAGGAGGUGUGGAGUGAUGAAGGUAAGGAGCUGGAGCUGCAGCCCGGGGGGUCUCUGGUCCUGACCCACCGGAUCAGCCUGCGGCCCCCCAGCGGGCCGGGGGCCUGCGGCUGCCAGGAGGAGCUGGGCCGCGUCCUGGGGCGGCUGGAGGGUCUGGAGAGGGAGGUGUCCGCCCUCAGGGCGGCCUGCAGCGCAGGGGGCGGCUGCUGCUCCUCCUCCACCGAGAGCAAAGGGGCCGGCUGUUUGGUCCAGCCGGACCCCGGGGCCCCCCGCCUCUGUCCGGGGGGCUGCAGCGACCAGGGCCGCUGUGUGGGCGGAGCCUGCGAGUGUUUCCAUGGUUACAGCGGCCCCGACUGCAGCCGCACCCCCUGUCCGGCGGACUGCAGCGACCGCGGGCGCUGCGUGGACGGGGGCUGCGAGUGCGACCCCGGCUACACCGGACCCGACUGCUCGCUGGGCGGUUGCCCUGGCAACUGCAACGGCCGAGGACAGUGUGUGAACGGAGCGUGUGCGUGUAGCACCGGCUUCACGGGGCCGGACUGCUCUGAAGAAUCCUGUCCCAGCAACUGCAACGAACGGGGGCAGUGUCUGAACGGAGAGUGUGUCUGCGGUCCAGAAUUCACGGGACCCGAUUGUUCCGAGAGAUCGUGUCCCGAUAACUGCCGUGGCCACGGCCAGUGUGUCGAAGGACAGUGUGUGUGUGACCCCGGAUUUAAAGGACCCGACUGUUCCGAAAAAUCGUGUCCUAGCAAUUGCAACGCUAGGGGGCGCUGUCUGAACGGAAAGUGUGUUUGCGAUCCCGAAUUCACGGGACCAGACUGUUCCAAAAAAUCGUGUCCUAGCAACUGCAACAAACGGGGACGGUGUCUGGACGGAAAGUGUGCAUGCAAUCCUGAAUUCACAGGACCCGACUGUUCCGAAAGAUCAUGUCCCGAUAACUGCAAUGACCGCGGGCGGUGUGUUAAAGGAGAGUGUGUGUGUGACCCCGGAUUUACGGGACUAGACUGUUCCGAAAAAUCUUGCCCUAGCAACUGCCACGCUAGGGGGCGCUGCAUCGAUGGACAGUGUUCGUGCGAUCCCGAAUUCACGGGACCAGACUGUUCCAAAGAAUCAUGUCCUAGCAACUGCAACAAACGGGGACGCUGUCUGAACGGAAAAUGUAUUUGCGAUCCCGAAUUCACGGGACCAGACUGUUCCGAAAAAUCUUGCCCUAGCAACUGCCACGCUAGGGGGCGCUGCAUCGAUGGACAGUGUUCGUGCGAUCCUGAAUUCACGGGAACAGACUGCUCCGAAAAAUCAUGUCCAGAUAACUGCAAUGACCGCGGGCGGUGUGUUAAAGGACAGUGUGUGUGUGACCCCGAAUUCAGGGGACCAGACUGCUCCGAAAAAUCGUGUCCCGACAACUGCAACAAACGGGGACAGUGUGUGAACGGGAAGUGUGCAUGCGAUCCCAAAUUCACGGGAUCAGACUGCUCCGAAAGAUCGUGUCCCGGUAACUGCAGCGGGCGCGGGCGGUGCGAGGCCGGGCGGUGCGUGUGCGACGCCGGUUCCUCCGGAGCCGCCUGCGCGUACCGGAGCUGCCCCGCGGGCUGCAGCGGGCGCGGCCGCUGUGUGGAGGGCCGCUGCGUGUGCCGCCGGGCCUUCAGCGGGGCCGACUGCAGCCGCUGUGCCGACGGCGUGACCGGACCCCGCUGUGACCAGGCCCUAUCAGCAGUAACCGGUGUGAUGGUUGAUGACAUCACAGAGACAUCUGUCAUUCUACUCUGGACCCCGCCCCCUGUCGAGUACCAGACCUAUCACAUCACGUUUACCAGCGAGAAGGACGGCGAGCAGCAGAUCAGGGCGCAGGUGCCCGGGGGGGCGGUCCGCUACUCCCAGACCGGGCUGGCGGCGGGCCAGGCGUACACCGCCACCAUCGCCGGGGAGAUCGACGGCCGGGCGGGAGCCGCCCACAGCGUCACCUUCAGCACCCCCCCCUCCGGCCCCACCGACCUCCGGGUGGUGAAGACCUCCACCUCCUCCGCCGUGGUCCAAUGGGAGCCGGCCCAGGGGCCGAUUGACAGAUACCACCUGACCGUCUCCCCCAAUGACGGGGCGGGGAAGGCCCAGGAGAUGGCCCUCCCCCCGGGGAGAGACUCCGCCCACAUCCAGCACCUGGAGGCGGGGCGUCUUUAUGACAUCACGCUGCGGGCGGAGAGCGGCGCUGGGCAGAGCGCCACGGCCGCCGCCCAGGUCACCCCCGGGGAGACGCUACCCGGCGGGGCCUUGGUAACCGUAACCGUGCCGCCCCCUCCGGCCCCCCCUCGCGCUGACGGAGACCUGCCCCUGAAGCCCGGGUCCUCCGUGGCGGGUUCCACCCGGCCCCGGCUGAACUCCUCCUCCACCGCCACGGCCAGAGCUCCGCCGCUGGGGAGGUUCCUAAACGGGUUGAAACCCAAAGCAGGUGAGCGGGGGGGCCUGGCCCGGCGGCCGGGGGCACCGCUGCGUCUGAACGGCUCCAGGGCGGGGCCCGGCUGGAGUAGGGCCGAGGCGGGCCCUCUGAAGAAGGCACCGGGCGGCGCCGUGAAGAAGGAACCAACGCUGGUCUUGAAGCGCCGACCUGGACGUCCUGUCGGGGGGGGAGCCACGCCAGAGACCCCCAGCGACCACUCCGGCUCUAGGGGGGACCCCCGGGACCAGGGCCCAGGAGGGGACCCCCGGGACCCCCAGGGCCGAGGUCCAGGGGCGAGCUCGGUCUCCGUGGUGGCGAAUCCGUCAAGAGAGGACGGCCGAACGCGUUCUGAAGAGAACACCGUCCACCCAGAGGUUGCCUUGGUUAAAGGGGGAGACCAGGAGGGGGACGUGAGACCCCCCGAGGGGUCGGCCCCACGGGGCGGCGUCACGGUCAGCCUGCCCUACCAGGAAGAGGGAGGGAGGGGAGGAGGAGGUGCUGUGGGGGUUGGAUGUGAGAGUCCUCCUGGAGGAGGUGAGAGUCCAGGAGGAGGAGGGAGUCCAGGAGGAGGAGGGAGUCCUCCUGGAGGAGGUCUGAGUCCUCCUGGAGGAGGUGAGAGUCCAGGAGGAGGAGGGAGUCCUGGAGGAGGUGAGAGUCCUCCUGGAGGAGGUCUGAGUCCAGGAGGAGGAGGGAGUCCUGGAGCAGGUGCUACCCCUACCCCUAAAGACCUCUCCUCCCACCACUUACAUCAGCUCCUCACAGACACGUUCGACAGCCUGAACAUAAAGACGUUCUCGGUUCACCUCUCCAAACCCGCCGACUUUGCGCUCAACGCGGACUCCGUGAGCGAUCAGAUCUUAGCCGGAAUGAUGCCCAUCUCAGCCCCUGCCUCAUCAUCGUCCUCAUCCUUGAGGACCUUUUAUUCCUCAGUGCUAGUGUCACCAAACUCCCCGCCGCGACCGCCCUGGUCCUCCCAGACCCCGGCCUCACCUCAUUCACCAUCGUCCUCAGCCUCAUCAGAACCGCCCACCGCAACAACAUCCACAGCAUCACCGUUUCAUUCAUCCCCAGAAGAAGAGUCUUUAGGAGAUGGAAAAGAAAGGUCCUCAGACACCGUCAGAGCGAGGGAGUCGGAUACAGAGGAGGCGUCCGUCAGAGAGGCGCGACCACCUCCCACGCUCCCGCCUCAACCGGCUAAACACGCCGCCUUCCAACGGCGUCAGCACCUGGCAUCCUUCCGGAAUAGGACCAGAUUCCAUACAAGACCAGCCCUGGCUUUAAACAGCAGCCCUGGAAAAGAGUCCUCUCCAUCCCACACAUCCUUAUCCUCAGAAGAUCCUUUGCCACCAAGAAGAGCAUUAAAUGGAGACGCAAACCGGGCAGCCAUGGUGAAAGUGUGGACGAAAAGAAACCAGACCACGAUUCGGAGGCAAGACGGGCCAGGUCGUCAUGCCAACGCAAACGGUGGCGCUCUUCAGAAGCCAACACAUCCAAAGCUGAGAUGGUCUAAACUCCCCACGCGACCAAGGAACACCGAAACGCAGGAUAAGCAACAAGCAGGCAUCGCGUCCCCUGCUCCUUCAUCCUCGUUCUCCUCCGGCGAUCCUGAUCCGGUCAGCGGUUCACAGCCUUCCCCUGGUCCCGGUGGAGACGGAGGGUGGUCCGGUGCGGAACCAAGCUCAGCAGUGGCGGCGCUGAGUCCAGGUGAGUCAGCAGCACCCGGCUCCCGGGCCCGGCCCCACAGCGCUGGCUACACCCGGCGAACGGCUGCAGAGCUGGGUCUCCUCCAGAACAGAACCCGGCCCCCCCUUAGAGCUGUUGGUCUGCUGCGCCGGCCGGCGCCCCCCAGAAGGCCCAAUGGAGACAGAGACGGAAUCACUGACCAAGUUCAGAACUCCCAAUCAGGGGGACGGGACAGCUUGCCUCAAAUAUCUGGCCAAUCAGAAGAACAGGAUCAUGUUCACAGCUCCGCCCACAAAACGACCACGGCUGAACCAGCGGAUCAGGGUCCAACCGGGGAGAACCUGGGAAGCGGAUCGGUUACUCGUAGAGUACACCGUAACUGGACAGAACCAGGAGAAAACAUCAAAUCAGGCAGCCCCGAUUAUCCUCCUAGGUUUGAAACUAGCCAAUCAGGACCCAGGAUCUCCAAUGAAAGGCUGGUUCCAGAAGAGGCCGGCAAUACCCUCAGUGAGGUGGAUUCUCCCAGUCUGGACUCCGGUGGUUCCACGCGUUCUGCUCUAUCAACCCCACACAGAGUGUCUUUGAGUGGCUCUGAAGCUCUGGGCCAGGGGGCUCCACCUCCAACCACCGCACCCCAGCAGAGGACCUCCCUCACUGGGAGGAUCCCAGCUAACCAGAGUCCGCCCCCGAGGAGGAGCCAGAACACGCAGAGCCAGCAGAGCCGGAAGCGCCUCCAGAGCCAGGGUCCACAGGCCGCUCGUCCUCCAAUGAACGCUGCGCCCGACGCCGCAGGGGGCCCCCACACGAGGCCCGGGUCGGGGGGCCCCCACACGAGGCCCGAGUCGGGGGGCCCCCACACGAGGCCCGGGUCGGGGGGCCCCCACACGAGGCCCAGGUCGGGGGUUCCUCCGCCUGGGUCUCCGAGGAAAACACUGAGAGAACCGCAGAGAGAACGGGCGAGAGAGCGGGCGAGAGAACCACUGAGAGAACCGGCGAGAGAACCGGCGAGAGAACCAGUGGGAGAACCGCUAAAAGAACCGCAGAGAGAACCAAAAGAACCGCUGAGAGACCCGCUCAGAGAACCGCUGAGAGAACCGCUAAAAGAACCGCAGAGAGAACCAAAAGAACCGCUGAGAGACCCGCUCAGAGAACCGCAGAGAGAACCAAAAGAACCGCUGAGAGACCCACUCAGAGAACCGCUGAGAGAACCGCAGAGAGAACCGAAAGAACCGCUGAGAGACCCGCUGAGAGAACCGCAGAGAGAACCAAAAGAACCGCUGAGAGACCCGCUGAGAGAACCACUCGGAGAACCGCUGGACUACGUGGGCGUGAGGCACCGAAUGGCGGACGGGUUCGAGCUGGUCUGGGCUGCGCCGGAGGGGAAGUACAGCAGCUUCGUUGUAACUCGCAGCGAGGAGGACGGACACACGGCGGAGGAGCGAUCCGAGGAGCGAUCCGAGGAGGAGGAGGAGGAGGGGGAGGAGCCACCGGAGGAGGCGGGGACACACCGAGGGGCCGGAGAGGAGAACGCUGUGCCGGAGGGCGACGCUGUGCCGGAGGGCCCCGGCACCGGCCUGGCAGGAAGUGACCCGCUCUUUAGCAGAGAUCUUCCUGGGUCGGCGCGCUCCUUCCUGUUUGAGCAGCUGGCUCCUCUGACGCCGUUCAGCGUGACGCUGCAGGGCCGGGGGGCGGGGCUCAUGUCCAGGCUGCACAGGCUGGUGAUCAGCACAGGCCCCUCCCCCCCCACCGCCCUGGCGUUCAGCCAGGUGUCUGAGGACUCGCUCCGUCUCACCUGGACCGGCCCCCCCGCGCCCGUCUCCGGCUUCAAGGUCACCUACACCCACACUGGAGAGGGGGAGCCCAUCUCCGUGGUGGUUGGCUCUCAGGACUCCUCUCUCAGCCUAUCACAGCUCACCCCUGGCUCCUCCUAUGAGGUCAGCGUCAUCUCUGUGCUGGGAUUGGACGAGAGCGACCCAAUCAAAGAAACGGUGACGACACUGCCCGACCCCCCCUCUGGCCUCCAGGUGCUGAACGUCACAGACUCCAAGGCCCUGCUGCUAUGGCGACCAGCCACAGCCGCCGUCGACGAGUACUCCAUCGUUUACGGGACGGGGGAGCGAUCUGAUCUGAGGGUCACGGUGUCGGGGAACGUCGUGGAGCAGCAGCUGACCGGUCUGGAGGAGUCUACGACGUACAGCGUCACCAUAACCAGCCUGCUGGGAGACACACACAGCAGCCCAGCUACAGCGAGCUUCACUACGACCCCAGGAGAGGAGGAGGAGGAGGAGGAGGAGGAGGGGGGCCCGCAGCACUUCCAGGCCCGUCAGGUGACCCCCCGCACCGCCCUGUUGUCAUGGGAACCGCCCGCCGCCACCGCUGUGGACCGCUACAGGCUGACCUAUCAGACAGAGGGGGAGGAGCCAAAGGAAGUGACGCUCAACGCCACGACAACCAAUCACAAGCUAAGGCGCCUCCGGCCGGGGUCGGGUUACACGGCCACGCUGCGGGGAGAGAGAGACGGCCGGCCCGGCCCCCCCGUCCCCUCCCAAUUCAACACAGGCCCCCUGCGGUUCCCCCACCCUGCUGACUGCUCUGAGGAGCUGCUGAACGGGGAGGGGGAGUCCGGGGAGGUGGAGGUCUUCCUGGGGGGGGCGCCGGGGGUCCCGCUGCCCGUCUACUGCGACAUGGAGACGGACGGGGGGGGCUGGACGGUGUUCCAGAGGAGGAGCGACGGCUCCAUAGAUUUCUUCAGGGGCUGGAAGGACUACGUCAAGGGCUUUGGAGAGCUGGGGGGCGAGUUCUGGAUGGGUCUGGACAACCUCCACCUGCUGACCUCAGGGGCCGAUAUGAGCCUCAGGGUGGACCUCCGUGACGGGGAGGAGGCGGCCUACGCCCGCUACUCCACCUUCCGGGUUGCCAAGAGGAACUACCGGCUCAGCGUGGCGGGAUACAGCGGCACCGCUGGUGACUCCAUGUCCUAUCACAGCGGCCGGCCGUUCUCCACGCGGGACCGGGACCCCGACCGCUCCAUCACGCGCUGCGCCGUGUCGUACCGCGGCGGCUGGUGGUACUGGAACUGCCACAAGGCCAACCUCAACGGCCUGUACGGCAGCGGAGAGCGGCACCAGGGGGUGAUCUGGACCACUUGGAAGGGGAAGGAUUUCUCGGUUCCGUUCACAGAGAUGAAGAUGAGACCCUCAGCCUUCAUCCCCCCCGCCCGCUGAGAGAGACACACGCACAAACACACACUCACACAAACACACACACACUAUUAAACACACACAUGCACACAAACUGAAACCCAACUUGCGCUUUGAUACGACGAUCACAACCAGAGACUGUUUUCUACUCCAGAUAAACCUUUAUCCAACAUUACAGUACAUUACAGUAUAUUAGCAUUCAAAUACAAUACAUUACGCUACAUUACAAUAAAAUACAUUAUGUUACAUUACGUUACAGUACCUUAUGUUACAUUACGUUACAGUACAGUACAUUACAAUAGAAUGCAUUACAUUACGUUACGGUACGUUACAUUACAUCACCUUACAUUACGUUACAUUACUUUACGUUACAUUACUUUACGUUACGUUACCUUACGUUCCAGUACAGGGCGAGCGUCUGAGUGUAAUAUAUGAAGGUAUUAUUGUAGCAAAAAUCUUAAGCAUCUGUAACUGCAGAUUUUGAAUGCGUACACUAAAGUCACAGUCAAUUUCAAGUCGUAAAUAUUUAUUUUGCAUGUGUACUCUACUGUUGGUGCAAAACACAUUCGCACACCCGUGUUUCAUAAUCUGAGAAAAUGCCCAAAAUGUGUGAAUUUGUAAACCCAAAUGUGAACUAAUACAUCAGAAGUUGCAAAUCUGUGAAAUAUUUCCUCACAGAUGAAAUUAUAUAGAUCGCUAUGUUCAAUGAGCAUUUUAAUGAGCGAGCACGAGUCCAUCGAUACAACUGCUUGAAUUUGCUGCUACGAGUCUCAGCUGUUAUUUUUCUUGCAGAUAAUUUUGCAACACGUCUAUGUGGUACAAGUGACAAGCAAAACUACCUGCAAAAAAACCCACAGCUGUGACUUGCAGGAGCAGAUUCGAGCAGUUGUAACGAUGGACUUGUGCUCGCUCAUUAAAAUGCUGGAAAUUUUUCACAGAUGUGCAACUUCUCAUGCAUUAGUUCACAUUUGGGUUUACGAAUGCACACAUUUUGCACCAAAUGCGCUCCAUUGAUUGUAGCAAAAGGAUUUGUGCACCUGUAACACAGACUUGUGAACUCGUAGACCCUUUUUUGUGUUUACAAUGGUAGAAGAAAUAUUUACGACUUCAAAUGUACUGUUACACAUUUGUGACAUUAGAGUACACAUGCAAAAUAAAUACUUACGACUUCAAAUUUACUGUGACUUUAGUGUACGCAUUCAAAAUCUGCAGUUACAGAUGCUUAAGACUUUUGCUACAAUAAUACCUUCAUAGUAAUGUCCCUCCCUGGCCGCCGGAGGCCACUGUUCAGCCUCUGACCUUACGGCUGUCAUUCCUCUUGCUUUUCGAGUAAUGAAUAGGCUGUUAAAUAAGCUCUGUAAAAUGUAUUAGAGUUCUUUUUUUAUUAUAAAGAAUAUAGAUAUGUGCAAGCAAAAACAAAUCUAAUAUCAAAACACAGGAUAGAAGCAUUUCGAGUCAAUGUCCAAGUCUGUGUCCUAAUUCAACUAGUUUGAGGUUUAAAACAGCUGAGUCUUUUGUGUAAGAUUUACAUUUUAUUUAAUAAACCUGCCGGUCUGGUGGAGUCAGUGACACGAGAUUGGAGCUUCUUCUUGUUUGAACAAACUCUUUUGGGUUUCUCAUGCGACAAUAUCUAGCGUUUUUGUACCUUCCUAUUUUUGUAAUCAUUAAACCCUAUAUUGGUACCAGUUAUAUGAUAUCUGAAAUAAAUAC